CUACGUUGGGGGUUUUAUCUAUAGAACUCUUCUCUUUACGAAACCUCUCUCUCUCUAUCUGGAAUACUACGUUCUUUACCUCACGCGCAAAGAGAACAGAUAAAAAUAGAAAAAAAGUGGAAAAGAGAGGAAAACCUUUCCCGACGUAGUGAAAACGUAAAAGUUAAAAAUUUUCAAACGUGCAAUCAACAGUAUUUAUUUAUUUUCUUACUGAAUAAAAACAAAAACUUGAACAUAUAAGUGAUCGUGACCGUAAUCGAGAGUUAGAUUUUAUUGAUCUAAUUUUCGCGCGCGUGCCAAACUAGUUCAAGUAUUUCUUUUUUAUCGCGUGCAAGCGACAAAUUUUGGGUGUUGUUUAAAUUCGUUUAACCGUUCACCACGUUGUCACAAAUGGUUCAUAUUGUGGAACUAGUUCCGUCGAGUCGGAACGACUUUCGAAUGGUGAGCAAGCAGUAAACACAAGCGACUUAGAAUCAAGUGAUUCGCAUGCAGUUGAAGCAGAAAUGCUUGAUGCAGUAAAUUUAAGAAGUGGAAAUUCUUCAGAAAGCUACUUGGAACAAGAUUCGUCAAUUAGUUCAAAACCUGAAAUUGUUCCGGAAGAUGGUGACUUCAUUUGCAACGCAAACACACGUGAGCAGUUAAUUAAUGGAGAGAAUGAUAAUAAUUUAAACGAUGGCUGUAAUGGCGGAAAUGUAAAUCACGAAUCUAAUACUGACAAUUCUGAUCGUAUGAAUGACAACAAUGGUGGACAAUUUUCAAUAAGAUGAACCGUCCUAUUCAAGUGAAACCAGCGGACAGUGAAAACCGCGGAGACAGAAAGCUGUUCGUGGGUAUGCUCAGCAAGCAACAAACAGAAGACGAUGUCCGACAGUUAUUUUCUGCCUUUGGUACUAUAGAGGAGUGUACCAUCCUUCGUGGACCUGACGGAACAAGUAAAGGCUGUGCAUUCGUUAAAUUUUCAUCGCACCAAGAAGCACAAGCGGCAAUUAAUUCUCUUCACGGUAGCCAAACUAUGCCGGGUGCGUCAUCCAGCUUAGUGGUAAAAUUUGCAGAUACUGAAAAGGAAAGACAAUUGAGGCGCAUGCAGCAAACAGCUGCCAAUAUGGGCCUCAUCAACCCCUUCGUUUUCAAUCAGUUUGGAGCUUAUGGCGCAGCUUACGCUCAACAGCAGGCGGCAAUUAUGGCUGCCGCGACGGCGCAAGGUACAUACAUCAAUCCAAUGGCUGCUGCUUUAGCAGCUGGACAACUUCCACAUGCGUUAAAUGGUAUGCCAAAUGCUGUCGUCCCACCUACUUCUGGUUUGGUCGUAGGUACUGGUACAGGACAGCCGGUGAAUGGAGCUAUACCUUCAUUGCCAUCUCCUACAAUGCCAAAUUUCAAUAUGGCUGCGCAAACACCCAAUGGACAACCUGCUGGAUCGGAUGCCGGAGUCUACACCAACGGCAUUCCACAGACUUAUCCAGGACAUGCCCUUCAUUUGUCUAUUCCAGCACAAGGUUUACCCAACGGGGAGACGGCUCUUCAACAUGCUGCGUAUCCUGGAAUGCAGCCGUACACUGGAGUUGCUUAUCCCGCCGUCUAUGGACAGUUUCCUCCAGCCAUUCCUCAACAGAUGACUGCUGUUGCCCCUUCGCAGAGAGAAGGAUGCUCUAUCUCAGGACCUGAAGGCUGCAACCUGUUUAUCUACCACCUGCCUCAAGAGUUUGGUGAUGCUGAGCUCAUGCAAAUGUUCAUUCCUUUUGGUAACGUCAUCUCCUCCAAAGUCUUUAUCGACCGGGCCACUAACCAGAGCAAAUGUUUCGGUUUUGUGUCAUUCGACAAUCCAUCGAGCGCUCAGGCUGCAAUCCAGUCGAUGAAUGGCUUUCAAAUAGGAAUGAAGCGUUUAAAAGUUCAACUGAAAAGGCCCAAAGACGCCAACAGACCUUACUAA